ACGAAAAAUUAGAAUUGCUGAAGAAGUUUAAACUUUGCUUCAAUUGUUUAAAACCCAAUCAUCGAGCCACAGACUGUAGACAACCCGUGUUGUGUGAAAUUGAUGGAUGCAAGCGACGCCAUCAUAGAAUUCUUCACAACACAGAACCUGAUGCUAAACAAGCAUGUUGUAACUCUACUCAUACUACUGGAACGUAUUUAGGCUUUGUACCAGUCAGGCUACAUGGUCCCACAGGUUAUGUGGAUACCUAUGCAUUGUUAGAUAAUGGCUCAGACUCGACAUUACUGCUUAGUGACGUGGCAAAGCAGGUAGGAAUUUCUGGUACAGUGACAAGAUUAAACAUAUUUUCAGUAAUUGGAGCGUCAUCUCAGAACGCUGAACUUACCAAUUUCGAAAUUGAGUCUUUAGAUAAGACCAGCCGAAUAAAAAUCGAAGGUGCAUAUACUAUAGAUAACUUACCUAUUAAAAGAGCAGAAAUCCCACCAACGGACUUCCAAGAAAGAUGGAAACACUUGAAAGGUGUACAACUACCUACCAUUGCCUGUGACAAGGUUGGUUUGUUACUUGGUGUUGACGUUCCAGAGGUCCACUGGGUACUCGAUCAGCGCAUCGGAAAACCUAAACAACCCUAUGCUUCACUAACCAUGUUAGGGUGGGCCUUAUUUGGACCAACGGGUCAACUUAAUAAAACUUCAGUCUUCAUGAACUGUCUAAAAGCAAAAAAUUCCUUGGAGGAGGAUAUUCUCAAAUUAUUUGAACAUGAAUUUUCUGAAAAUAAGUACUCUGAUAAGGUUACCAUGUCCCUAUGUGAUAAGACCAUUAUGGAGAUUACUGACAAACAAACAGUAUUGCUCGAUGGACAUUAUCAAGUGCCGAUACCCUGGAAGGUGGAUUGGCACUCACUUCCAAGGAAUAAGCGCGAAAUAGAAAAACGAUUAAUUUACCUACGUAAAAGGUUGCUAAAAGACGAACAGCUCCGGAAACAGUAUACUAUUAUAUUAGCUACCCACGAAAGUAAAGGAUAUUUGUCUCGAGUAACUCAAGCUAUCGAAGAAGAAAGGUAUUUUAUUCCACAUCAUCCCGUAUUUAACCCUAAAAAACCAGGUAAAGUUCGGAUAGUCUUUGAUUGUGCUGCUAAGUUACAAAACAGGUCCCUAAAUGAUUGUAUAUAUUCUGGACCAGAUCUUACAAACGACCUAGUGGGAGUUUUGCUUAGAUUCAGAAAGCAUAAGAUUGGAUUGUCAGCAGACAUUGAAGAAAUGUUCCUCCAGGUACAUCUACCCGAAAAGGAUACAAAGGCCUUCAGCUUCUUAUGGUAUCCCGAUGGCAAUCUUGAUUCUCCUCCUGAGGUCUAUGAGUUGCAUGUACACCCUUUCGGGGCUACGUCCUCGCCAUUUUGCGCUACCUAUGCUUUAAGACGUACAGCUACAGACCACCGAGAUUUGUUUGAUGAAAAAACCCAGUCCACCUUACGAGAAAAUUUUUAUGUAGACGAUUGUCUAGUCUCAGUAGAAACAAUACCAGAAGCUGCCGAGUUAGCAAAUAACCUAAUAAGACUCGUUGCGCUUGGAGGUUUUCGUUUACAUAAAUGGGUUAGUAACGUAAAUGAAGCGCUGAAUGACGUCCCUAUAGGUGAUAGAUCAAACAAUUUGGUUCGUAUACCAGGUUCAACAGAACGUAUACAGAGAACUUUAGGACUUUGUUGGCACACGCAAUCCGAUUGUUUUGCAUUCGACGUAAAUCUUCCCGAACGCCCGAUCACUAAGAGAGGCAUUCUAUCAUGUGCAUCAUCGUUAUAUAAUCCGCUUGGAUUUCUAGCGCCUUUAUCACUUACCCCUAAACGAAUUCUGCAACAGCUAUGUCGUAAAAACUAUGGGUGGGAUGAGAUGAUAGAUGAAGAGUCACGAUUGAGUUGGGAAGGUUGUUUAGAAGCAAAGAGUUCUAUCCAGGACGGACCCACUCCACCCUCUUCUUUGACCACAGUAGCGCCUGAAAACCCUUCAAAUCGCUUGUUGCCGUUUAUAGACGAUCCUGAUUUAUGCCUUAAACACUCUCCUGAUGUGUCACUCUUAGUCGAUGAUGAUGAUGUACGCUCACUCAUAGUAACAGCAACCGCUGUUGAGACUGAAGAUUCCAGGGUUCAUCGAAGUUUACCGUCAGUUCGUUUUUCUGGAUUUGACACUCCACCUGAUUCAAGAAGUAACGGACUUAUAUAUACCUUUGACUCUGUAUCUAAAGCGACAGACGAGAAUCUAAUGGAUUUAGAACAAGUUAUUUCAUCACCAGCUGUUGACGAUGAGUACCUUCUAAAAACUGUCAACGAUAGUCACGUCGAUACAGUAGUGAAUAUUGACCUUAGAUGUAUUUCUCCUCCAGACAAAAUUCUUCCAACAGAUAGCGGCGAGUUAAUGUCAUCGAAAACAUCUGUUAUGUUCUCUGCCGAAACAGAUCUCCCUAGUGUUUCUGGCGUGAACGAUAGUGCUAAGUCUGUGAUACUACUACACGAGUCAUCAAUUAGUUGCAAAGCAACAACUCAGUUCUCUGAAAAUACGAAACUUGUAUCUCCUGUAGUGGCGUCUGCUAAGAGUUCUAUUGACAUCAAGCGUGAAACAGAGAAUCAGAAAGAUGAUUGUUUUAUUCAGUAUGAUGAUAAGAAGUUUAAGACAACUGUAUCCAUGUCUCCUUUAGUUGGGUUAGACAAGCAGAUACAACAUCCGUUACCAGACUUUAAGGAUAGUAGAGUAGCCGAAGAAAUGACUCAUCGGAACAUAGAAUGGCACCAUAACACUCCCUACGCAAAUCAUCAUCGAGUAUGGGAAAAAUUAAUAGGAAGCAUACGUAGACUUUCGAGCGCAGUAUCUAUGUCCUACGAGACACUCACCACCUGUUUGACUGAAGCAGAGAGAAUACCUAAUGAUAGACCACUCUUACAGACGCGAACGAAAUGGACACAAGGAAGACGAGAUUUACAAGUUCGCGGUCCAGUCUUGAUUAUUGGAGACACUGGUGCACGAAAUAACUGGCCUAAAGGCCUCGUGGUAAGUUUUGAUCCAGGAGGAGAUGGUCUAUGGAACCAAGCGAAGAUCAGAACGUGGAAGGGUACAAUUAUUAGAGGCAUAUGUAAAAUUUGUUUAUAAGAAGGAGCUGAUGACCGAAAAGUAGAGGAUAGAGAGACUUUUCAGAGUGACUGUGGCUAGAGUAAAUCGUACCAUUGUCACCUCUGAAUGUUUUUACGUUAAUACCUAAUCAGCGAAAGUAAGGAAAGACAUGCUGUCUUUGGGGGGCGGUGUUAAGUUUGUUUUACAUUGUUCCUAUAUGUUCCUUUUCUACUCUUUUGUAUGUUGUUUUAUACUACUUAUUUACAUUCAGUAGGCCGCUGUAUACCCAACAAUUUUCACACUUAUGUUGUAACUCAAGUUGUACUGUAACAUUCUGGAAUGUUCACAUAUAUCUUUAAUGUUUAUCUUACUUAUAAUUGUAUUUAUCAUUAUAAUCACUGUAAUUUAAUUACUGUAAAGGUUAUCCACAGUUUUAUGCAUUUGUUUGAAUGCAACAGUUUCCAUAUUGUUUGCUCUUGGUUCGAGUUUCGGUUGUUCAUAAACUGUUACCAAAUUUAGACACAGCUAUCGGCUGUCUUCGGACUAUCGUAUGUUGUAAUCAUUCUUUAUGUUACUCUUACAGGAAGCUUUUGAUAUUUUCAUUCUUGAACGACGCGUUUAAACGCCUAGACACCUCACAAGUUGAGGUUUGUAACUAAAUUUUGUGCAUUAUUUAAUAAAGAACCGCUUUUGUAGACAAA